UCGGUCCUGCCCGCCGGAGCCCGGCGCUCGGCGGUGCGGAUGGAGGCCGGCGCUGAGGCGGAGCCGCUGUUGCCCCCGCGGCGCUGGCGGGCGGGCCGGGGGCUGUGGCGGGGCCGCGGUGGUGCCCGCUCUGCCGCUGAGGAUGGUGCUGGAGCUGAUAAUGACCUCUAUAUAAACCAAGCCAUAGUAUUUAUUGAGGAUGCAAUACAAUAUCGMUCUAUAAAUCACCGUGUGGACUCCAAAUCCCUCUGGCUUUAUCGGUGGUACUAUUCCAGGACUUGCCAGUGGAUUUUGAGCUUGACCAUUACUGUUAUCUUGGCUUUGGCUUUCAUUGAAGAGCCUUCCUCACUCACUGUCACAUCAGAUGUCCGGUACCGCCUUCCUGCCUGGAAUCCUCCCUGUGGUCUCACAGAGAGCAUUGAGCUGCUCUGCUUCCUUGUGUUCGUGGUUGAUGUAUCUGUGAAGAGCUACUUAAUUGGAUGGAAAGAAUUUUGGAAAAAUAAAUGGCUAAUGGCUUAUAUACUGACAUUAAUUGUUUCCCUUACUGAUUGGAUUGUGUCACUGAGUUUUUUCUGCAAAGAGAGUGUGAGAUUAAGAAAAAUCCUUCGCCCRUUCUUUCUCCUCCAGAAUUCUUCUAUGAUGAAGAAAACGUUAAAAAGCAUYAACAGCACAUUGCCUGAAAUGGCGAGUGUUGUUCUACUACUGGCUGUUCAUCUGUCUCUCUUCACCAUGUUUGCCAUGCUACUCUUUGCUCGAACAAAGGAUAACCAGCAGGAUAAGGAGUGGGUGGUGUAUUUCCGGAAUUUGCCAGAUUCCCUGACGUCACUGCUGGUCCUGCUGACYACUGCAAAUAAUCCUGAUGUGAUGAUGCCUGCCUAUUCUAAGAAUCGAGCAUACUCCAUCUUCUUCAUCCUCUUCACUGUGUUAGGCAAUUUGUUUUUGAUGAAUUUGCUUACAGCAAUAAUAUACAACCAGUUUCGAGGGUACCUUCUGAAAUCAGUUCAGUCCUCCCUCUUCAGGAGGCGGCUGGGGAUCCGGGCUGCGUUUGAGGUGCUGUCUUCGCUGAAAGAGACUCCUGCUAGUGCACAACAGUCCUGUGUCAGUGUUGGGGUCUUACUACAAGUGCUACAGAGAGUUCAGAUGGAUUCUCGCUGCAAGCAAGCCAUAAUGAGAUCAAUCAAAAUGUGCUCCUGUGACCAGCUGUCAGCUGCCCAGUUCCAGAAGCUCUUUGAAGAAUUAGACAAAGAUGCCAUUAAACAACACCCUCCCAGUCCAGAGUAUCAAUCCCAUUUUAUGCAGAAAAUGCAGUUUGCAUUUGGCCAUCCCUACUUUGGCUACCUGGGGAAUGUGGUAGCCCUUGCAAAUAUUAUUUCUAUCUGUGUGGUUUUGGUGAUGGAUGCAGAUAAGCAGCCGUCUGAAAGAGAUGACUUCUUUCUUGGGGCUAUCAACUGCUUCUUCAUCCUCUACUAUCUGCUGGAAAUGUUGCUGAAAAUUUUAGCAAUGGGCUUGAAAAGAUACUGGUCUUAUCCAAGCAAUAGAUUUGAUGGACUUCUGACUGUAAUUUUGCUGAUACUGGAGAUUGCAACUUUUGCUGUAUAUGGAUUUCCUCAUCCUGGCUGGAGACCUGAGUUGCUGGGCUUGUUAUCCCUGUGGGACAUGGUGCGACUGGUGAACAUGUUAAUUGUGUUCAGGUUCCUGCGGAUCAUCCCCAACAUGAAGUUCAUGGCAUUGGUUGUUACUACAUUGCUGGAUCUGGUGAAAAAUUUAMGAGCCUUUGCAGGACUCCUUGUGGUGGUUUUCUAUGCAUUUGCUAUAACUGGCAUAAUGCUAUUUAAAGGUGCUGUUGUUCCCUUGGGAAAUACCAGUGCUGCCAACACAACAAAUGAUAAUGUCACUCUGCAGUGUGGGACCUAUGAACAGCUGGAAUAUUGGCCCAACAACUUCGAUGACUUUGCUGCAGCACUGGUGACCCUUUGGGAUGUGAUGGUGGUAAACAACUGGCAAGUCUUUCUGGAAGCAUUUUCAAGAUACUCAAGUCCGUGGGCAAAGAUCUAUUUUGUWGCCUGGUGGUUGAUCUCCUCUGUCAUCUGGGUUAAUCUCUUCGUAGCUUUACUUCUGGAGAACUUUAUUCAUAAGUGGGACCGUCGCUGCCAUCGAGAGUCUCUUUCAGAUAUUGAAUAUCAGAGGACAGUUCAACUCAUGUUCAGAGAUGUUUUGGAAGAACCUACAGAGGAGGAGUUGAUCGAAAAACUGCACCAGCACCCACACCUGCAGUUAUGUAGGUGACUGGUGGGAAGGACUGAUUUAUUGGACUGAUUUAUUUAGACCUCUGUUUUCUUGAGGUUGUCAGCUGGAAGAAACGGAACGGUUUUUCUGUGAGAUGCUCUUAGGAGAGAGGCUUGUAGGACAGCAUGKGGGGAUCUGCUUGGCAAUUCUCUGCAGAAAGGUUUUUUAUUUUGUGUUCGUAUCUUUUUUUGAAUAAGAUUUGAAUCUUGCUAACUUGGUUUCAAGUUGCAAUUUUAGGAGUAUUGCAGCUSUUAUUUUUAUAGGGUGUUGAUAUCAGGUUUUCUUUUUUUUAAUAGGGAAAGUCUGUUUAAAAUGACAGUGCACUUUAAAAUAUGAACUUUAUAACCACUGAGCUUGCUAUUUUUUUUCAGCACAAGAAAAUGGAGGUGCCUUUUCUGGCAGGAGAGUGUGGCAAGGGCUGUGCCCUGCAAUUCAUGCAUGGAUUAGGCAGAACCAGAACAAAAUGCCUAAUCUUCUUGUAUUGAGAGUUGAAACACGAUUUUUAUURCAAUAUGUGACACCAGCAUAUUUUACCAAAUAUUCAGGAGUUAAUUAUGUCGGAACACAAUCAAUUCCAGUUUAGUAAUGGGGACUGCCUGCUUUGCACAUCUGUUUUUCUUUGAUUUUCGUGGGUGUUCAUGCUGGUUAUGCCAUGCUGGUCACUGGGAGCAGUAAGAACCUGGACUGGAGCAGCUGGACUUGUGGUUUUCAGUGUGGUUAAACUGAGCUCGCUUUUAGAGUCAAUAUUCUCAUGUUGCUCUUCACUGAAACUCUUUGCUUUCUUCCAUGUUCUGUUUCACACUGUAUUGUAUUCCAUGAAAAAGCURAGGGGAAUGGACUUCACCUGGAAUGUUGCACCAUGAUCAGUGGAGUCCCCCACCUAAAUGUGGAAGGGGGAAAAAAAAGUUGAAUGGAGUAAUCAAAGUGCUUAACAGUUGAAAUUUUAAUUYGAGCCUGUGGGAAUUGAAGGUGCACAACCAGUAUUGCAGGAUCACGUUCUUCUAUGGCUUAAAGACCACAUGCUGUGUACCACUAAAUUUCACCCAUGGGUAGAACUCUGGGUAGGUAAGUUUCUCAGCAAAUCCAAGGUAGAGGAGUCACAGUAAGCUGURUCCAUGAGCUUUUCAUUAUCCCAYAGUGCUCCUCUAAAAAGGUGUUUUUCUUGAAUCUUUGUCACAUAAUUAAUAAAUUGCUCUGAAGAGCAGAAUCAACCACAGCUACUAUUUUUAUAUAUCAAAAUGAAACUGCUCUUUGGGGUGCUGCCUUCUCAUUGGGACCCUUGUCACCAAAAUAGUCAUUAUUGUGGUCAUCUCUGUAUUGACAGAAGCUUGGGGAAGGCAGUUGGCUACCUUAUUCUUGAUUCUUUUUUUUUUACUUAAAAGGUAUUUUUCAGAAAUGCCAAGCAGUCAUCCUGUGUACCUUUUCUCCUCUUCUUUCAUCAUUUGCCUUUUCUCUCUGUCCUGUAUGAAGGAGAGGAAAAUAUCCAGGAUGAUGUUGCGUUUGAUGUCAAAACCAUAUUUUUGCCUUCUUGUCUCACUGUUUAUAGUUUGCCUUUAUGUCAGGAUGGUUUCUGCUCCUUCUAACAUGAUGUAUAAUCACUGCCACCAGGGUAUUGGAACAUACUGCACAGUGGUUAAACUGUCUUAUUCUACCUUUUUACUGAAAAAAAAAUACUUUUUUGUUUUCCACUUUUCUGAAUACUUGAAGUAGCUUUGCCUUGCCAAAAAGGAAGYGUCCAGUUCUUAUCAGCCUUUUUUUGGCCUCUUAAGUUUUUGGGGUUUUGUUGUUGAUUUUUUUUUGUUGUUGGGGGUUGUUUUUUUUAUUUUGCCAUUACAUUCCACUACRAUCUGCCAAAGCAACACAAAUUGGUGUGGGAUUACCAUAAACAUCACAACUGUCUCCAUUAUGCCAUCUUUGCAUCUGGAAAAAUGUGGAGAAGGCAUUUUGAAGGGAAUAGKCUGUCUUGUUCUUGUUUCACACUUGUGUAAUUGACUGAAAGUGUAACUAGAAU